UGUUGCUCCUGAUGAUGCUGACCCUGAUUGUUCGGAUAUACCAAUAAGAAAUGUCACUUUUCCUAAUGAAAGGAUCCUACUGGACUCACAGAACUACGAGUCAACUCUUCUUGUUGGAGCAGAAGGAGAAAAUAGGACAUGGCUAACUAUUGAUUAUGAUGGAGGGGGAGUGGGUCGACCUGGUGCUGCUGGUUUUGUUGAUUCCUGGUAUGAGGGUAAUCAAGGAACACAAUGUUUACAUCGAAUCAAUGUUUGUGCUACCCUGAUCCCAGGAGGAACAUCUUCAUUCCAGAGCAAUUGGCUAGUAACACAAUACAUUAAUAUUAGUGAACCAGGAAUAAGCCAAUUAAGAAUUAAUGUAACAUUCACAUCAAAUUUGGUGUGCUCAAGCCAGCAGUGUGCCCAGCAGCAGACAUUUGAAGUGCAGACAUAUGAAACUAAUGAACCAGAUGAAACAAAUAAAGGGAAUAUCAGUUAUUAUUCAUAUGCUGGUGUUCGUCUGAUACACACUGCUGAGGAAGGGGCUACUACAGACUCUGAGUCAUUUGCUGUGUCUAGUUCUGGCCUGUAUCUGGCUAUAUGGGACCAAGGAUCUUGUACUGUCAUUAAUCGGAUUGUCAUAUUCUACAAUAUCUGUCCUUAUCAAGUAUUGAAUAAAACUAUUUAUCCAGAGACAGUAGCUCCUCAAGGGAGCUUCGAUCCAGAUAAAAAUGUGAUUGCUACUUGUAUUGAUAAUGCUAGUCCUACAUCAUCAAAUAGUUUAAGUUUAAGGUGUAGGUUAUUAGGAGUGUGGAUUGGAUCAGCUUCAUGUCAAUGUAAUGCUGGAUAUGAAGCUAAUGGUACAGUUUGUCAAGCUUGUCAAGAAGGCACUUAUAAGUCUGUCGCAGGAGACAGUGAAUGUAAUGGUUGUCCUAAUAACAGCUACUCAGCUAGUCCUGGUGCUGUGUCCUGCCAGUGUCUGUCUGGUUAUUAUAGAACACCUCAAGAAGGUGUCGCUGUGAACUGCACUGCUCCUCCUAGCUCACCUCAGAACUUAACAAAUACUUCAGUUACAAAGACUAAUAUUAGCAUUUCCUGGCUUGAACCUACUUAUAAUGGAGGCAGAACUGAUCUUUAUUAUGUCAUCAGCAUUAAAAGCUCAACCAAUAUCAUUGAAUAUAGUACAGGACAUACAAACUACAAACUAAUGGGAUUAACUCCAUUCACAACAUAUGAAAUACAAGUGAUGGCAAGAAAUGGAGUGUCAGAUCAAGACAAUGCUAAUGAUAACACUAGAACUGUUACUAUAACUGUCACUACUCAU